AUGUCACUUGAGCCAACGCUGAGGGACUUGUUGCAUUCCAAACUUCAGUGGAUCUUUGUUGGUGGUAAAGGCGGAGUUGGCAAAACGACCACUUCUUGCGCCUUGGCAACUCUCUUUGCCUCCACGCCCGUGCACGAUGCGGUGACGAAUACGACACGCCCACGAAGGGUGCUGCUUAUUUCCACGGAUCCCGCGCACAAUCUUAGCGACGCCUUCAGCCAGAAGUUUGGCAAGACGCCGGUGCCUGUGAAUGGCAUGGAGGAGACGCUUUUUGCGAUGGAAGUGGACCCAACGACAUUCACUCACGGAGGAUUUGGCGCCAUGCUCGGGUUUCCGGGGCACAUCGCAACAGACGCGGACGCGCCAUCGCCAUUUGCGGCGCUUGGCAAUAUUCUGAAGGAAGCGGCGGGGACGCUGCCUGGAAUUGACGAGCUUUCGGUGUUUGCGGAGAUUUUGCGUGGCGUUCAGCAGCUUUCAUAUGACGUGGUGAUUUUUGAUACCGCGCCAACUGGUCACACGCUGCGUCUCCUUGCUCUGCCCCACACGUUGAACUCUACCAUGGAGAAGCUGUUGUCGGUGGAGGGGCUGAACACUUUGAUUCAGGCUGCGUCAGCCGUUCUGUCAUCUACGACCAACCUUGGCGACAUGUCGUCGCUGAUGCCUGCUUUUAAGCAGUGGCGGGAGAAUGUGCAGGAGGUGCAGCGGCAGUUUACGGAUGCUGAAAAGACUGCCUUUAUCUGCGUCUGCAUCCCUGAGUUUCUUAGCGUGUAUGAGACGGAGCGAUUGGUCCAGGAGCUGAUGAAGUACGACAUCAGCUGUGAUAGCAUCGUGGUCAACCAGCUCGUUCUGAAGCCGUCUAGCGAGCCAGACUGUCGCAUGUGUAAUGCCCGACAGAAGAUACAGUCAAAGUAUUUGGCACAAAUUGACUCUCUUUAUGAGGACUUCCACGUGGUGAAGAUGCCACUGCUGAGCGAUGAGGUACGUGGGGUCCCUGCGCUCCAGCGAUUUGCGCAAUUCCUGCUGGAGCCGUACGAUGCCGAUCGUCACGGGUACAUUGACGUCUGCGGAGCUGCAUCGUAA